AUGAGUCGACCGGAGCAACGAGACCCAGAGUCAACAGGCUCCUACACGGUAGCGUGGAUUUGUGCCCAAGUAGAAGAGUACUUUUGUGCAUGCCGUAUGCUUGACGAAGAAUUCGACGGGCCGGAGAUAAGCGAAGACAAGGAUGAUAACACAUACGUCUACGGGCGCAUUGCGAAGCAUUAUGUGGUGAUCGGUUGUCUUCCACCUGGUCGGUAUGGCAGCAAUUCAGCUGCUCAUGUUGCUCGAGAUAUGGUCCGAACCUUUCCACGUCUGCGGUUUGCAUUAAUGGUAGGCAUCGGAGGCGGCGCACCAACAACCCGAAAUGAUGUCCGUUUGGGGGAUGUUGUCGUGAGGCAACUUAACGCGCCGCCUGAGAAACUUCUGGGAGUCAUCCCUGAGAUGCGCAGGCUGUUUAAUUGGAUUGUAUCAACCUGCCAACCGUUUACAUGCGUCGAACAGCCUUCAUUCAUGGCUAUGUUGAGGUCUGCAGCCUUUCAGGACUCUGUACCGAGUGCGGAUACUGUGUCGCGCCGAUUAUAUCUUCGGCUUGAUGCCCUUGACAGUGAACUUCGAAUCUUGAUGUCUUCAGCAUCCUCAAUCGCGCUAUCUCUGGAUGGUUGGACAAGUCAGAAUUCAUUGCCAAUGCUAGCAAUUAAUGCUCACUGGAUUUCCUCUGCUUUCCAGCAAUAUCGAGCUUGUAUUGAGUUCGUUGAAAUCGAAGGCAGCCACUCUGGAGAGAACCUUGCUAAUAUCGUUGCGACGGUUCUGGAGAGGUUUCAUAUAUCUGAUAAAGUUAUGACAAUUACAGCUGACAACGCAUCUAACAAUGAUACCCUACACCGAUCUCUCUACCAAAAGCUGUCUCAGCGGUACGAUGAGUACCUGGCCGAGACCAUUAUCCGAGAAGGGACGAUGAAAAUUGCCCAUAACUCCUAA